CCACGUGAUAGGCGAGAUGUUAGAGAGCAGCCAUCAUCAUUUCACCUAAUUCAUGUUCAGCCUGAAAUGGUAAAAGGUAAGACGACAAGGAAACGGAAAACUGCGAUGGAGUAGGUGAAGCCUGAAGCCUCUCCCGGUCUCAUCCACUCCUCUGUUUCACUGCCUGUCUCACAACUUUAACAAGGCAGGCUUCAAACAACACCUGGUCUGACCUUGGUCUGUCUGCAUCGAGUGACACAAGAGCACCAACCUGCUUCUUGGGUUGCAGGAGCACAGUGGAGGAGAGGGUCUGAGGCUGAUUACUCCCCCCAUUUGUCUUUGAGGAGGGGGGAGGAGGAGGAGGAGGAGGAAGAAGGAGGAGCUGCUAUAACCACCCAGAGCAUGGGGCAAAAAGUCCCAGGUGGCAUUAAAACCAUUGAUAUGCGGGAUCCGGCGUUCAGCCCCCUGAAGCUGGAGCUACAGGCCCUCAGUCACACCAAGCCAUCUCGACUAGAUCUGCUGCUGGACAUGCCACCUGCCAGCCUGGACGUCCAGGUCCAGAACUCGUGGAACAACGAUGACCGCUCCCUCAACAUCUUCGUCAAGGACGACAACAAGCUGGUGUUUCACAGGCACCCCGUGGCGCAGAGCACGGACGCCAUCCGGGGCCGUGUUGGCUACACAAGGGGACUGCAUGUGUGGGAGAUCAGCUGGGCUAUGCGUCAGAGGGGCACGCACGCUGUGGUCGGCGUGGCAACUAGCGACGCCCCGCUACACUCGGUGGGCUACACAGCUUUGGUAGGAAGCAACGCGGAGUCCUGGGGCUGGGACCUGUGCAGGAGUAAACUCUACCACGACGGCAAGAAUCACCCAGGAAAAAGCUACCCGGCGUUCCUCGAGCCAGACGACACCUUCAUAAUACCAGACUCCCUCUUAGUCGUCUUGGACAUGGAUGAGGGGACUCUGGGUUACAUAGUGGAUGGACAUUAUCUAGGAGUGGCGUUCAGAGGACUUAAGGGCAGGAAGCUGUACCCAGUGGUGAGCGCAGUGUGGGGACACUGUGAAAUACGAAUCCGGUACAUAAAUGGACUUGAUCCUGAACCGCUCUCUUUGAUGGACCUGUGUAGGCGCUCGGUGAGGGUGGCAUUAGGAAGAGACCGCCUGAGUGAAAUCCAUAGACUGCCCCUGCCGGCCUCUCUCAAGAACUACCUGCUCUACCAAUGACGGCGCUGACGGUCCCAACACACACUCAGCACGCCCUCGUCUCUUUCUCAUGUUUCUCUGGGAUCCUUCUUGGGUUGAACCCGUUCGACAACAUUGCUCAAGCCUCCAGGACUGACUCAGCCUUCCACAAGUAUGCGUCUGUGUCAGUGGCUGGACUCCUUUUGAGUUUCUUAUCCUGUUUUUAUGACUCUUUGCAAUUGUACUCUCUAACUUUAUAAAAAUCAGGAAUCACUGAGCACUAUGCACAUGCUGAUCCAGACGAUGCCCUGUGACAGUCACCAUGUUGGUGUACCUCCUCCAGUUAAUAAGUUAGUGUGGUGGCAUAUGUGGUCAGUAACUCUGCUGUGACCUCCAGACUAUAUGAAUAUGAAUUUCUAUCUUGUGGCCUUUUUUUAAAAAAAAUAAUAAAAAAAAAAUUAACUAUUAUUGGUUGUGUUAAAACAAAACUGUGUGAUGGAAAUGUAAACUGAGCAUUGGUGAAAUGCACUGCCAGAAUCUGACCACAAGGGGGCAGCACACACGUCAACCUGUACAUCCUCUCAAAUUGAGAAUUAUAAGGUGAAAUCCUAGUUGCUUUUAGAAAUGAUGUUUUUAAAUGGCUCAUAAAUUUAAAAAAAUGGGCGGUCCACACAACAGACAGGAGAUGCUGACCACUCCAGAGUGAGUCCGUAGUGCGGUGUGAAUGAAUGCACUGUGAGGCAGCUGAAGAGCAGCUCCGACCACGCACUGCACUAUCCGGUAUCUCUGCCAUAUGGAAGAAUGCCCCACAGCUUACCAUCAAGGCAUCCGACAGGAACAUCAUCAGCAGAAAUUUUAAAGGAAGGAUAAUGUCACUGUGAUUAUUUGUAGCAUGCAUCUGCAGGAAAUUCUUCUCAAUACAAUCACAAUAUCUUUUUUUUUUUUUUAAUCUGUUCUGUCACUCCUGCUUUUUCUAGUGCAGUAGUUUUCAUGCUGUCGGGGCCCAAGAGUGCCGUUUUUGUUUUUGUUUAAAUUCAGCCACUCUCUCUCAACAGCUGAUUUUCACUGAUUUGCACAUAUUCAGCCAGAGAAUUGGAAACUAACCAACUGAAGUGGUUCGUUGGAAUGAAAACCUGAUACUCUUGGGUCUCACUGGCACAUAGCUGAGAACCAUUGAUGUAGUGAUUUGUCUUUUUAUAACAUGUAAAGGGUAAAAAAAAAAAGGGUUUAGGGAAACAGACUACCGGUAUGUUGGUGAACGGCACUGUGUCUGAAUCGGCAAAAACUUCAAAUUAAAGGCACCAUAGUGACAGAAGAAGACAAUCCACAAAGUGCUGCACAAAUGUAACAAAAGAAGGUCAGAUUGCCAAUGUAUUGUCAAACGCCAUAUCAUAGACCUGUUGACUCUAGUAUUUUUAAAUGUGCAGAUGUGGUCCUUAUUCAGCACUCAGCUGAUGUGGACACACUGUGCCACACCUUACUUUUCCUUGCUUGCAACUUCCAUUUUAUUUGUAUUCCUUGUUGUAGAUUUGUUUGUAAGUAUCUAUUAAAGUUUAUUUCAAAGUAUCUAUUUUGUAUUGUGCAUUGUACAGGAACCUGCUGUGAAAACUGAGGCUGAAAGUGUUACAAAUGUACUACUGCCACUAAAGAAAUGAGAUGUUCUGUACACUGUAACUAUUUUUACCCACACAGGUGUUUUUCACUUGAUUAGACUUCUUCUCAGUACAGUGGGUUUGUGGACAGAUUGUCCUUCAAUGACAUCUUACCUCUGGUGUUUGUUUUGAUUCUCGGUGACCUGCACAGAUGACAUUUUGACUUGUUCAUUGUAGGAAAAGCACAGGUUGUAACUAAUAAAGGAUGGCUGAGUUCCAA